CAUCGAAGGAGCGGGGAUGGCGGUUAGUGGGAGAUUUGGAGAGAGGAGGGCGGAGUAGAGACAUGGCCGGCUGUCCAGGGUCAAAUAUUUUCUGAUCCCCCAUUCACCAUCUCCGGAAACGUGGAAGUGCCGCCACCGAAAAUGUAAGGAACUUCCUGAUUGGGGUGCAAUGGGUUGGUGUGUCUGGACAUCUCUAGGUCAUUGCGACGGUGGGGUGGGGUUGAUUGUGUUGGGCAGAUGGGUGAGAGAGUCGGUUAAGGUAAUGGACGCGUCACUGGACUCUGUUCACAUCUCUCCGAGGGAGGGGGUUCUUACACCUCGGUGGAUGUGCUGGGGCUUUGGCCUGGGACAGUGGUUUCCCGCGAACUGAGGGUUUGAAGCCUUGGGUAUGGUCAGGUGUGGUGAGAAAUAUCGAACCGACCGCGUGGUGCAAAUCUCCAGGACAAUAGAGGCUCUGUAUGAGUUACAAAAAAUCCUCCGACAUUCCCUUCUUCUUCAUUGCUGCCAUCCUGCUCUACUUCUCUCCUUCCUUUCCAUUCCCCUCUCUCCCCCUCCGAUCCAUCACUCCCUCCAUCGUCUAAAUUCCUUUUCCCUCAUCCCUCCCUGUGCUGCACUCAUUUCCUAUCUAUAUUGCUCUCCCUCUCCUCCCGAUCCCCCCCCCCCCGUUGCCUCUUAUUCCAUCCCUCCACGCCGUUCGCUCGCCGUCUUCCUUCUCCCUCUUCCUCCCAAUCACCCCCUUUCAAUUUCUCCCUUCUUCCUCCCUCCUUUCUCCGUCUCUAUCGCUCUCUGUUCCCUCUUUCCUCACACUCCCCACUCUCUCACUGUCACGCGCUUCUUUCUCUCCUCUAAACGCCCAAUUUCCACUCUCUCUCCUUAUCCCACGCUAUGUUUCUCCCCACUUUCACUACUCUACCCGGCACUCUAAUCACUUUCCCCAAAGCCCCCAUCCUCCCUCCACCCCGCAAUACUCCGCCUGUUCUCGGUUCCUCUCUUCACCAGCUGCUCAUCUGGUGUUUGUUGGUGUCGGUCGGACAAGCUUGUCAACACGGGCUUCCUCUGACAACGGCUGCUUCCGCUUUUGAGCUCAGAGUCUCAGAGAACCCUCGACAGGAUGGACGACAGCGAGACUUACAUGAAUGUGAAUUUCACAAAAACGGAUUCACCGUCUCCUUCCGGAGCUGAACCUGAUGUAUCGUACGCGGAACUUAAUGUGAAGAUGCUCACGGAGCCCAGGGUCCGGAUAGUUGGAGUCGGUCUGAACUCCACCUACUCAGAGCUGAAUUUUCGGAAAGAAGAAACCCGCGUCGAUAAGGACGAAGAUCCUCCCAUUUCCUCCGGACACAGCAGGCUGUCAAGCUCUGCACAAACAGGUCCGCAUAAACAGGAGACGAACGAGAACAUCGGAAAUAGACGGUACCGGAAGAUCUGCCUUCUCUGCCUAGUUACGUCCGUCCUUGUCGCGAUAGUGGCCGGGCUGUCGAUCUAUGUAUCACAGAUUCGUCACUCUCUGAUCACCUGCGACCGAGGCCACCAGGAAAUUUGGGAACAAUAUCAGGAGCUAAACCGGACCCAGCUGCAAUGUCGACUUCAGCAAGAUGAGUUGAACAAAACACUUGAAUCCAGCAUAACCCAGAAUUCCCGCCUGGCUCUCUCCCGGAGCACCUGUCUCAAGGAUAUCUCCGUCCUCAACAACAACCUCUCCAUCCUCGAAAACAAAUUGUUCGUCCUCGAAAAUGAAAACUCCGUCCUGAAAACCCAUCUCUCCGAUCUGAAUCAAAUCGAAACCAACCUCCGUCAAAAGAACAGUGACCUCGAAAAUCAGUACCGAUCUCUGAUCAAAGAGAAGGGUCAAAUCUGUCAACUGCUGACCAGCAGAAAAGAACAAACGUGUUCCCAGAACUGGAUCAGAAAUAAAGGCCGCUGUUAUUUCAUAUCCACCGUCUACGUUUCUUACGACGAAGCAAAACAACAUUGUUCAAGCUUUGAUUCAAGACUGUUUGAAAUAAAUUCAAAUGACGAAGCGGUAUGACUGACACCACUGUAUGAUUCCACACAAACA